AUGUGGCGGACGUGUUCCGUUGUCGCUCUCAUAGCGGCGUGCUACGCCCUUCCCGCUCAAGAGUCAGGGCCGACGGUCAAUGACUCCGAGGGGAUCAGCGAAUGCUUCCGUAAGGACUCCACCUCCUGCCUCAAGUACAAGUUCUUCACCUACCUCGAGAAGGUCAUCGGCCAGAAGGAGAGCUUUUCACUCUCCGACGGCGUGACCGUUGUGAGGGCGAACGACGCGCCAGCUGAAAUAGGAGCACCGAGGGCGCUUGACCCAGUAUCGCGAUUGAAGAAUUACUUCGAAACGCACGCCAUCCGAGUGGAGGUCAAAGGUUCGGACGUGGUCGACGUGGUGACCAGCGCGGGCCGCGCGUUCGAGGACACAGUGACUUCUCUGACGGAGGAAAGCGAUGGCACUGAAGAGGGAAGAGGGAAGAAGAAGAAAGCAGCCAAAAUAUUUGGACCCCUGCUGGCCGCCGUCAUGCUGAAAAUGAUGGCUCUUAUGCCUCUGGCGAUUGGAGCAAUCGCUCUUAUCGCUGGUAAGGCACUGCUGAUCGGGAAAUUGGCGCUGGUGCUGUCAGCGGUGAUUGGCCUGAAGAAGCUGCUGUCUCAGCAAAAGCACGUGACUUACGAAGUCAUUGCACACCCACACCACUCGUCUAGCCACACGUCGAGCCACGACUACGGUGGCACAAGUGGUUAUGGCGGAGAUACUAGCAGCUACAGUGGUGGUGGUGGUCAUGCAAGCGGUUGGGGCCGCUCAAUAGAGUCCCAGGGCUUGGCCUACUCGGCGCAAAAGCCUCAG